AGGGAGACCCCGCUGAACCAGGAAUCCGCCCGCAAGAGCGAGCCGCCCGCCCCGGUGCGCAGACAGAGCUAUUCCAGCACCAGCAGAGUUUUAAAGAAACCCGAAGAAAUGGACAAAGACGGAGAAAAGACAACCCGAUAUGAUUCUGCCCUUCCGGAAGCAAAGAGGCCUAUAUCAUCCCGUAUGAUCGACGCCAGUCAUGGGGAGGAGUGAUUGCUUAGAAGUUAAUGGAUUUUCAACAGACAAAUGGCAGAAGAAACGGGCAUGGCUGUGUCUCAUCAUAUUCCUGUACUGUUUGAAAGCUACAGUAGUAAAGCCCAAGUGGCCUGUGGAUAUGGCAUGUCCUGUUUUAUAAGAGAGAAGUUCAGGGCAUUGAAGUGGCAUGGCCAAGGUCACACAAAAAGUAUCUCAGUAACAAAGAAGACACAUACAUCUCAAAUUGAAAUUAUUCCAUGCAAGAUCUGUGGAGACAAAUCAUCAGGAAUCCAUUAUGGUGUCAUUACAUGUGAAGGCUGCAAGGGCUUUUUCAGGAGAAGUCAGCAAAGCAAUGCCACCUACUCCUGUCCUCGUCAGAAGAACUGUUUGAUUGAUCGAACCAGUAGAAACCGCUGCCAGCACUGUCGAUUACAGAAAUGCCUUGCCGUGGGGAUGUCUCGAGAUGCUGUAAAAUUUGGCCGCAUGUCGAAAAAGCAACGAGACAGCUUGUACGCAGAAGUACAGAAACACCGGAUGCAGCAGCAGCAGCGAGACCACCAACAGCAGCCUGGAGAGGCCGAGCCGCUGACUCCCACCUACAGCAUCUCGGCCAACGGGCUUACGGAGCUUCACGACGACCUCAGCAGCUACAUCGACGGGCACACCCCCGAGGGCAGCAAGGCAGACUCUGCCGUCAGCAGCUUCUACCUGGACAUACAGCCUUCCCCGGACCAGUCAGGUCUUGAUAUCAACGGAAUCAAACCAGAACCAAUAUGUGACUACACACCAGCAUCAGGCUUCUUUCCCUACUGCUCUUUCACCAAUGGAGAGACGUCCCCAACUGUGUCCAUGGCAGAACUAGAACACCUUGCACAGAAUAUAUCUAAAUCACAUCUGGAAACUUGCCAAUACUUGAGAGAAGAGCUCCAGCAGAUAACGUGGCAGACCUUUCUGCAGGAGGAGAUUGAGAAUUACCAAAACAAGCAGCGGGAGGUAAUGUGGCAAUUGUGUGCCAUCAAAAUUACAGAAGCUAUACAGUAUGUGGUGGAGUUUGCCAAACGCAUUGAUGGAUUUAUGGAACUGUGUCAAAACGAUCAAAUUGUGCUUCUCAAAGCAGGUUCUCUGGAGGUGGUAUUUAUCAGAAUGUGCCGUGCCUUUGACUCUCAGAACAAUACCGUGUACUUUGAUGGGAAAUAUGCUAGCCCCGACGUCUUCAAAUCCUUAGGUUGUGAAGACUUUAUUAGCUUUGUAUUUGAAUUUGGAAAGAGUUUAUGUUCUAUGCACCUGACUGAAGAUGAAAUUGCAUUGUUUUCUGCAUUUGUCCUGAUGUCAGCAGAUCGCUCAUGGCUACAGGAAAAGGUAAAAAUUGAAAAGCUGCAACAGAAAAUUCAGCUAGCUCUUCAGCACGUCCUACAGAAGAAUCACCGAGAAGAUGGAAUACUAACGAAGUUAAUAUGCAAGGUGUCUACAUUAAGAGCCUUAUGUGGACGACAUACAGAAAAGCUAAUGGCGUUUAAAGCAAUAUACCCAGACAUUGUGCGACUUCAUUUUCCUCCAUUAUACAAGGAGUUGUUCACUUCAGAAUUUGAGCCAGCAAUGCAGAUUGAUGGGUAAAUGUAUCACCUAAGCACUUCUAGAAUGUCUGAAGUCCAAACAAUGAAAAACAAACAAACAAACAAAUUAACCGAGACACUUUAUAUGGCCCUGCACAGACCUGGAGCGCCAACACACUGCACAUCCUUUGGUGAUCGGGGUCAGGCAAAGGAGGGGAAACAAUGAAAACAAAUAAAAGUUGAACUUGUUUUUCUCAUGCAUAUGAUUUCCAUUAUGCCUACAGAUAUGGACCCUUUUUCUGUCUCGACUUCUUGAUCAUUGACCUCUGUUUACAACAGAAGGCGGGUACUAAAGUCAGAGGAUGUCCUUUUUUUGUAGCUCACUGCCCACAGACUUUCUACAUCUGUCGGUAACAACAGAGAGUCCAGCACUAAUCGGUGACUGGUGUGCAUAGCGGAGGUUGCGGCAUUACUUUGCACAACUUGCUCUUUGUCUCAUGAAGGAAGUUUUUAUUUUUUCACCGAUUAUUGCAGUCAGCAGGAUGGCACGAAAAGGGUCCAUAGCACUAGCAACAAUAGCAUUAUAAUAUAUUACAGGGUAAAUGGGCAUGAAGACUAUAUAUAGCUAAAAGAGAUAUUGUUUAUAUAUUGUUUUAAUUAAUAUAAAAUGUAGUUACUGGUGUAGCUUUUCCUGUUGAAUUGAUAAGGCACUUUCAUUUUGCACCUUUUUUCUUUAAAUUAAAUGCUAGCGUGUUCACUGUCGUGUCGCAUGUGCACCAGAAACACAAGUUUAACUGAGAAGGCUUGGAAGGUACGUCGGGAGGUAUUUAUGCUGCUGUUUACACAAUUACUUUUAAAAGACUGGCUGGUCAUAUCUAGAAAUCACGCUGUUGGAUUAAUUUUUUUUUUUUUUACACAUGAAUUUGGAAUUAGAAACAGAACUCUCCCUAAAUUGUACUUGGCUUUUGGGUCAGUUUAAGGAUAGAUGUGUUUAUGCUUCAUACAAAGUUGAGUGAUUGAUUGAUUGGUGCUGUGGACUUACACCCUCGUGCACAGUAUUUUUUAAAAGCUUUUGAAAAUGCCACCUCAUUGAGGCAGGGGAAGGGAGGCUUAUUUUGCACAGCUGCAUAGCUAUAUAGACUCAGCCUCAACUUGGAGUUCUUAUGCUUUAAGAACAGAUCAGUAACCAGAAUAUUUAUCAGAAUCUAGCUUUUAUUAGAAGAAGGACCCAAAGAUUAUAUCUGGAGCAAAUGCACACUCCCCAUGUGAAAACAUGAAGCAUUUACUUUGUGAAUGUUUAUGUUCUUGGUAUAAUCUAGGAACCCUGAGAGUUUAUCUCAGAGUGAAUGGUUUCUAGACUAACUGCCUCUAGAUGGUGUCAUUCUAGAACACUGUUCUCCAUAUUUCAUAGUCAAUGGAUAGGAGGGCAAAGGAGGCGUGCGGUGUUGAACCAGUUUCUCUUAUUUAAGUAUUAAAUAUUUUAAGCCUUUAAAGUGAAGUCGAUGCAAGCUGCAAACAUUUACUUUUGUGUUUAUCUUCACUAGAAAACUGUGGACUGUAAUUUAUUUUAUUAAAUCUUUAGAAGAUUGUUUGGCUUUUGUGUUCAGGUGAGAAAUAUUGAGUUGUUUUUGUUUAAUUUUGUGGCUUUUUUUAAAAAAAUAAUUCCCAGUGGGGGAAGGGAGAAGGAGAAGUCUGAUAGACAAGUGUGCAUAUUUUAAAAUAAGUGACCUUUGGGAAUGUAGGCAUUUAGAUGAUGAUUUUAGUCACACUUGGAGUGGGAUUCGAACUUCUGGUCUGCCAUCGAAGACCAUGUUUGUACAGAAAAGAGAACAUUUCCCAUAGUGUAAAAGUGGGAGUUUCCAAGCAGCCUGUUACAGCGAAGAAAGCAUCUCCCCUACCACCAGGGUCCCUCCCAAAUCUUCUGCAGGAAUUCGGCUCCUGCUGUCGUGCUGGGUCAUCAAGCACGAGUUUCCCAGAGCCCUCCACUCUGUUUUUAACUCCACUGGCUUUCUGACUUGUUUCCUGAGGGACUUGGAAACGGGGAAGGAAUUAUUCACACCGAAGUGUGUAUGAAGCCUAAAUGACAUCUAAAAAAUUGUUUUUUCAACAAUAUAGUAAGGGUUUCACCAUAAAUAGAAGACGAGAGUAAUAUUUACUUACUUUAAGUAAGUAAAAUUUACUUACUUAAAUUUCUUACAAGCAUAUAAAACUUUAUGGGACUUUAUAUAGAGAGGUAACUAUCAGCAUAUAGUAUUUAUAUUUGGGCAAGAAGGGUUAAAUCAAAUUUUUUUAUUUAAAUAAGCAUAGUUCCUUGAAAGAUCAAUAGUAUUUAUACUCUGAAAAGAGUACCAAGCUUAGUUCGGUUAUUUAUUUAUUCAUUUUUUUUUUCCUGUUGUUUCUCCUUUGGGGGGAAGUGGUGUGUUUUUAUUUUAGUUUUGGUUUGUUUUUUGUUUUUGUUUUUUUGUCAUUCUGAUUCACUAAAUUUGGGGAUGGUUUUAUUAAAGUCUAUUAACUUCUUUUUAACCAAAGCUUUCUGAAUAUGACCAGCCUCAGGUGCUAGCGCAUUAAAGAGCAACUAAACCUAAUUCCAGUGUCCAUUUGUGAAAUGAUGAGAGCUAAUUGAACUUCUCUGAGGGUGAGAGAGAACACAAUUUUGAACUUAAAUUCCUUUUCCCAGAAAGGAUUUUGCAUGUACCUAAUGCAAAAAAAAAAAAAAAAAAAAAAAGAUGCUCUAAUCUCAGUAAUAGUCACACCAUGGUGACAUUGCUUUUAGAGUAAACCAAGAUACAUUGACAUGAUGCUGCUACUAGGUCUUUGUGAAAGAAAAACAGGGUGUGAGACUUUAGGACUAAGUACAUCGACAGUGUAGGAACAGAGUACAGAGUAAUAGAGGCGUGCUAGGUGAAAUGAGGGAACAACUAUUAUUCGGAUCGAAGUUGGGAUCUGAAGUUAAACAAUAAUCUCUGUUGAAAAAAAUAUGAGGUACAGAGAAGGAUGUGAAAAACUUUAUUUUUAUUUUCUUCCUUAUUAUAGAAACACCUGUGUGAUGACACAAAAUACUUGGUGAUAUAGAACAAUUAUUAUUAAUCGUUCUUAUAAUUAAAAUUUCCUAAUCUUAAAUGUCCAAUAGUCUUUUAAAGAUUGGAAUCACAUCAUUGUUAUCCCGGCUGCUGUAAUGCCUUUUAUACAAUUUUUUAACGUAGGGUAAAUAAGGCUUUUGCACAGAGCCUGAAUACCUUCGGUUACAGUGGUGUCCAAAUGAUUGCAUUAUAUUGUGAAGAAACUGGCCGUGGUCACAAUGAAAUCAAAAGUGCAGAUGAAAGUGCUUUUGGGGGCAGUUUGCAAAUUGUGGUUAAAGCUACGGAUUUUUUUUUUUUAAGUGUUCAGCAUCCCAGUUCGCUUUAAAGGUGUGGGGUUUUUUUUUUAAGUCUUCAGCAUCCUAAUUCACCCUUUCUAACUUAAAGAAAACAUGACUUAAGACACUGCUUCUAAGUUUGGUUGUUCUUUAUAGUGUGGAUAUUCAGAUCUCUGUGAGUGUAUGGGGGUGGGCUGAGGGUCAGAUGAGGAGGGAGCGUGUGUGUGUGUGUGUGUGUGUGUGUGUGUGUUUAUGUCUGUGUGUAUGGUUUUCGUGUGUAUGAUGUGUGUGUGUCGAACCGCUUCUAGGCUACUAAGUGUCAAUGGAAAAGAAAAUGUAUUCAAAAUACUUAAAUCAAAACUAGAAGAUGGAAAAAAAAGAUUUAUUCUAUACAAAGCCUUGUCUGGACCACUUUAGAGAGACUUCUAUUUUUUUAACCCUUCUAUAAAUAUUUGAUGGCACUUGAAAUAUUCCUGCAAUAAAAUGUGAUUUGUGUAAAGAAAAAAAAAAGAUUUUGUAAUGUGAAACAAAGAAAGAAAGUAAUGUAAUUUUCUAAAAAAAAAAAUACAAACAAACAAACUUUGUAUUAUUUUCUUGAUGGAAUUUGUCUAUCUGUCUUUGGAAAACUUUUUAUUUCAUUGAACGUGCCAUAGUAGAAAUACGUGUUUUUAGUUUUAGACUUAAGGAAUAGCUGUUUGUGUUCCGACAUUCCAAAAUGCAAAACAACCUAGUAGAAUCUUUAAUGAAAAGGUUUAAGUAGGAUGUAAGCUUCUCUCAUCGUUGCUUUUUUGCACAUGUUCUUCAUUCCUCUCUAGUGCAAUAUGUACAUAGAGCACUUGCGGGUGUACCUUGAUCCCUCAGGGAAAAAUACAUAUUUGUACAGUUUUUUUGGUUUUGUUUCUCGUUUUGUUUUUUGUGGUUUUUUUGCCUUUUGUUUUUGGCUAAGGAAUGUCGACUGAAUCACUUGUUAUUGUUGAGGGGCAGCCAGAUAAUAAUCCUAAAGCCACUGUUUCAAACAUUGAUUGUUUAAAUCAUGUGUCCUUCCAGUGCUAUUAUUUGAAGAUAAUAAUAAUAAAAAGUUAUUUUCUGACAGUUCUUUGUGCUGAUUGGUGAAAAAAAAGGGUAAAUAAGCACCUUACAAUUGACUUACUGUGAAUGACAAUCCAUCUUGAUAUCAACAAUAGAAGCCCUAUCACUUUGGAGUUGGGGUUAAGAGUCAGAAACAAUGUGCUCAGGGAUCUUCUAAAACUCUUAAAACAGGGUGGCCAGUACUACUGGGACAAAAUUGUGUUUUGUAUUGUUAAUAAUAAUGAUAAUACUAUCCCUCCAAGGCACAAGUGAACUGUGUAGAACUGCGCGUGUGUAUAAACUUCACUGUUGUUCAUUUUGUUUUGUUCAAAAUGUAUGCGUUCUUCAGUCUUAUAUGCUUAAAAACAUUGAAUAACUUCCAAAGCAGUACAAAGUGACGCCAGUAUGUUCAAAAGAUAAAUUAAUAGGUCAUAUAUCCACAAAGAGCAUCAUUCAAAGUACAGUCCUGCCUACUCCACUUACCAUUUCUCUAAUAAUUAAAAUAUUCUUGAUAAAUAUAUUUAUAGCAUUAUAUGUUAAAAACUAUUAUUCCAAAUCCUAUAUAGCAUGGAUAAAAAUUUUUUAAAGCAGUAAUGAGACGAGAGCCCUACCUAUCAGUGCAGUGAGAGAGGUAAAAGAUGAAACAUUGUGGGUUUUUUUCCCCAAAUACCAGCAAAUAACUCCCAUUUUCACCAUGUUCUCCUCUAGAAAUAAACCCAAAAAAUCUCUUUAUGUAACACAAUUCUUCUACUUCCGCAUUUGUAAUCUGUACGAGAGCUAAUGUUUAAAGACAAACAAAACCCACCAGUGUAACAGCAAUGUGAGCCAGCUUUUAGGGUUACAUUUUACAUUUUUGAAACAUUUUGAAAGUAAUAUUUCGAUGUAUUACUCUCCAUAAGGUCAGUGAACAUCACUGUAAUUGUUGGCUUUGGUUCUUGCACACCUAGAAUAUACUUUCAGAAGAAGCUUUACAUGUUUCCUUACCACCAUGGAAAAGCAAAAUUUGGGAUAACUUUCCAUGUGUUUAGAUAAAAAAGAAACCAUCACUUUGUUUUGAUGAUAAAGACUAUGGGAAAUGGCAGAACUCUCUCUCUCUCUCUCUCUCUCUCUCUCCAUAUAUAUAUAUAUAUAUAUAUAUAUAUAUAUAUAUAUAUAUGCACACACACAGACGUUAUUGACAUACAUAUUAUAACAUUUGGUUGCCACUUCUUACUUACAAAGAUAUGACACAGCAGAACCCCAUAAAAACAACUUUAUACUGUGGAUCAAAUUAUAUGCCCAUAAAUGCAAUUGCAACAGUUAAUCUUCAUCUAUUACUAAAAGUCUGUGAUAUGGGUCUUAAUUGUAUUCCCAGAACAGUAGUAUUGUUAAAGAGGUUCCACCAGAUUGGACAAAAGAGACCUUCCUAUUAUUGUUUAUUCUUAAGAAAAGAGCAGGCUGGCAAGCAAUGUCUUUACAAAGCAAUUGGUUUCACUUUUGGGUCUGUUUGCUUGUUUGUGUAAUUGUGAUCAUUUUUGUCAGGCUCUCAGUACAGUUUUUAAAAUAAUCCAGAAGCCUGGCUCCUUACCAAGGAGACAUCGUAGAUGGGGGGGAAUCUCCAUGUUUAACCAGACCCUCAGAACUUAGAGCAAUAAAUACAUUCAGUCAUUUAUUUAUUUAUAAAUGAAUGACAGAAUAUUCAAUCCAAAUAGAAACAAUGUUUUUUCAGCAACGCAACAUAACAUGGAGUCUUAUGUUAAGAAGGUGAAUAUGAGAAUAUUAAGUAGAUGCCUAGAAAAUCCAUGUUUGCUGUUGGCAUUUAGUGUGUUUGCCACACUAGUAAUAUCACACUUCUUUUUUCUUUUUCCCUUCUAAGAACUGAUGAAAGAUCUCUUGCUGUUAGCUUUGACAUGCUGCACGUGCCAUUAUGUUGUUCUCUAAGAGCAACUAAAUUCUUUGCAGUAUUCUUGUGUGAUUCCGUUCUCCCUCGUUAUUACUUUAAUGUGGAUGAAUACUAUCUCUAGGAACUUGGUUAUCAUUGAACACAUUGCAUAUGUAAAUGCAGAUAAUUCUUGAGCAAUAUAGUGAAUCUGAUUUCACACACACACACAAAAUCCGUAUGUACUGUACACAUCUUCCUGAAUCCAAAACUCUCUCCUUAUCCACAAUGGUUUGAAAUCUCAUAUAAAACAGUGGUAAAUUUUUAAACGUUAGGACAUUAGCUGGCUGCUUCUUUAAAUGUACCUGUAUUGUCUGCCUGCUCCUUUUGUGGAGAUGUGUUUUUGUAUUGGAUGUUUGGGCCAAUGGGAGGCUUCAAGCUACAACAUAUUUUCCCAGUUUAAAUAUAUUUAACAUACGACAAACCCCAGACAAGGCUUUUAAUAUGUAUAAAGAACUGCAGUGUUAGGUGGUUUAUUUGCAAACCGUUUUCAAUGUUGUCCAUUUUUAUGGCACCUUUAACAAUAUUCUUGUUUCCAAAGUACAAAAAAAAAAAUAGGUUAAAUAAUCUAGCCAUAACUGAAUGUCAAGCAAUAAAACAAAUGACUUCUGUGCAUAGACUUAAAAAAAUACAAAUUUUAGACAUCUGCAUGUAAAUGCAAUCUCUUGUUUACUGCUUUCUUCAACUUGAGCAAUUGAUUCCUUAUUUACUAUUAACUUAAGAACUUGUAAUGGCCUGUAAACAUUUUCUCUCUUACUCUUCUUUCAAAUUUACCUUCGUCCCUGCUUUUGAGUCAUAAUAUUUAAUGUUGUUCUGCACAUCUCUAUACAGUUAACUUUUUGGCUUUCAUUCUGUAUAGAUAAGAAAAUGUUAUAUUAUAAACAGCCUACUCAGUGCAAAUAUUUAUCUGUUUAUCAAAUCCACAAUAUGCUGUAUGAUACUGGUUUUACUAUAUAAUCUAUUUUAGACAUAGCUGUUUAGAACUAGAGUGUGCUAUUUUUGUGUUUUUCUGAUGUGUGGUGCUAGAUAAGUUACUUUUGUGAACAAAAAAAAACCCCCUUUUAUUCCUAGACAAUACCACCUUUGGGUCUUGUUAAUUUCACUGAGUAUAACUAUAUAUUUGUAUAUAUAUAUACAUAUAUAUAUAUAUCUACCUGUGCCCAACUGGCAGCUGUAUCAGAGUGCUGGAUUUGGGACAUGCUUUUCUCUUUAAAUACAUAAUAUCAUUAUAUAAAUUAUUCUAGAGUGUAUUUAAUUAGGAUACAAUUACUUCCUUAGUAUGGAUAUUUGACAUCUAUAGGGUGAAUUUGUUCAUAAAUAUGGAUAUAUAAAAACGUAUUAGCAUUUACUUUAUGUUUGCUACUUGGCUUUAUACCAUAUCUCCUAAGCUGAAAAAUAAUUUGCCAGGCCUUCAAGAUCCUAAAGAAACACUCUAGUUUAAUGGAGUAAUAUUUUUUUUCUUACUAAGGCAUCUUAUUAUUGGCACCUGGCAGAGUUAUGUAUUAGCUCCUAUUAUAGAUAAUAGGCACUUAUAUAAAGUAUCCUUGGUGGCUUGAUGGCAGAAUAAACCUUUCCCCUCCUACCUGAGCCAUGAGAAGUAUAUAGACGUCCGCUAUCAUGGCAGAACAUUGGCCAUAAAGCAACUUUGACAAGGGGUGUUCUGUGUUAACAUGACCUCAACCAGUUCCAUGAACUGAGUGAAGGACCUUCAUUUUAAAAGUCAUUUAAUAAUGAGCUUAGUUAAACUCUUUCACCUGUUCUUCCAAGACCUAUC